ACCCUUGUCCUGCAAAUGGUUCAAAGCUUAUGGAGCAACGCUCCCACAGACAAGAACGGUCGGACAGAGGAGGAGGAGGAAGAGGAGAAAGAAGAAGAUAAUGGGGGAGGUGAGAUGGGGAGUGGAGCUGAGCAUCUACAAGGCGAGCAGGAGCAUAAAGAAGAGCGACAAUUCCCUCUACAACGCUCUCCGCUCCAUCUACGAGGACUCCCUCUUCGUCCGCGAGAUCGCCGGCCUCUGGCCCGGCCUCCCGCUCGUCGCCAACCUCCGCUGCGGGCUCUGGUAUGCGCCCCUCUUCCACUCCACCUGCUACUUCAAAUCCACCGACGGCCACACCAACAACUGGUCCUUCAGCACCGCCCGCCUCAAUCUUCACGUCGCCUCCCUCGCUGGGCAGAAAAGUGGAUGCAUCAUCGUCGAUUCUACUCGCAGGGGGAAGAGGUUUCCUGAUAGCAUGUCAAAGACGAUACCCAUUUGGGCAUGCGUCAUGAAUAGGGCAAUUAGCAGAGUGCUCUCGUCAAUGUCAGAUUUAAGCGACGAACAGAACUGGGAUUGCUCGUUGCAUCUUCCUUUAUGGGUACCUGAAACUGAAAAAGCAGCCAUUGAGGCGCAUUUGGAUGAGUGGACCUCACAGUUGGAAGCUACUGGUGUGGAUCUUACAUCUCUUGCAUUGUCCUUGAGGAAACCUUUACGACCACUGUGGAUUUCACAAAAGUCUCUUAUAUGGUUAAAUGAAGUACCAGAUCAUGAUUCAUGGGAUUUCACACCUAUCAUCUUAGUUUCUGCAUCUAUUUCAAAUGACCAACCUCAGCAAAGAACUGCAUCAGAAUUCAGCUGGCGUUAUAUAUCAGGAGCAGGGGAUGACGAAGAAAGCUGGGCAAGGGGUUUAACACCAAGCCUUUUCUGGAAGAAUGCUUUUGAGCUGAUAAGUUCUGGUCCUGAUUUGUGCAAUAAGAAAGUGUCAGUCAUUGUUGAAAAUGAUAGAGUAUAUCGAUCACAAAGGGGAGAGCACACUGUUCAAGUCAAGCUUAAAUCAUUUACAACAUCAGCUAAUAACGUUGAUACUUCUGAGCAAUUUCAUCAGGCAUUAUGUUCAUCAAUGAAUAAUGGUCAUUCAAGUACAGAAGCACCUGGACAGUAUAUCGGUGAAGCAUCUAGCAUAUAUUGGAUACAUUCAACCAAUAUUGCAGUUGGAAUGACACAGCAUGAUAUAAAUGUGGUCGAGGGUGUAGAUGCUAUACUUAAUUGCGACUCAGAGGUUUCAUCAUCUUCUUCAAGUUCUAGCAAUUACCUGCACUUGCCGAUUGUUACCUCAAAGUUUGAUCGUUUUUCCUUGCUAAAAUGUCUUCCGUCAGCGGUUAACUUUGCCAACAGUAAUUUGAGUAAAGGGAAGACAGUACUUGUCUGCUGUUGUACUGGUGAAGAUAUAAGCAUAUGCGUGAGCCUUGCUAUACUAACAUCAUUAUUUAAUGAUAGAGGAGAUUUUGAUGGUGGAAGGACCUUUAGAGAUGUUUGUAUCACAAAAUGGGAGGUGCGCCGGCGGCUUGUGUUCAUCUGCAAAUAUGCUUUAAAUGCUCGUCCAUCUAGAGGAAACCUGAGGCAGGUUUAUAAUUUUUUGAUUAGAGAGAAAACUUUGCCAUCCGUUGUGGAUGUAGAUGGUGAUGACGCUAUAAACAUGAAGUAAACCCUUGGCUUUGUGGUUGAAGUCUUCGUUUGAUUUAUGGGGAAUCUUUUCUAGAUGAAGAAAGGAAGCCGCCACAGCAAAACCAUGUAGGAGCAUCUCUCUGCAGAAGCUUAGGUCAAAAAUAUAUCCAGAAACCAAUUCUGCAGGAAUGAUGGAGGAUGCUGCUUCCAUAUCCGUAAGCAUUGAGAAUUUUAUUUCACAAUUGUUGUAACUGCAAGGAAAUAUUGUUUCCCUGUUCACUAAAUUUCCUAGUUCAUUUGAUCUGCGAAGUCAUCUUUUUUAUUUAGUCUAUCAAUGUUGGCUUCUCAUGGUUGUUACAUUUGAUGGUUCGCAUGACCAUCUUUAAUAAAAUUGUCAAUCAAACAA